CGUUUUUAAGCCUCGUUCACGAGCGGCCAGAAUUGCUAGCUGUAGCGAGCGACCCAAAAUCUCCUCUCCUCUCUACUCUCGGGGGCGAGAGAUCGGGACGAGGACAUGGCGGAGGAGCAGUUCCUCGCCGUCGCGGUGGACGCCGCCAAGAACGCCGGCGAGAUCAUUCGCAAGGGAUUUUACCAGACCAAGAAUGUGGAGCACAAGGGCCAGGUGGAUUUGGUGACGGAGACGGACAAGUCCUGCGAGGACCUCAUCUUCAACCACCUCCGGGAGUACUUCCCGGACCACAAGUUCAUCGGGGAGGAGACGUCUGCGGCGCUCGGCGCCACCGCCGAUCUCACCGACGAACCCACCUGGAUCGUCGACCCCCUCGAUGGAACCACAAAUUUCGUCCAUGGCUUCCCUUUCGUGUGCGUCUCCAUUGGCCUCACCAUUGGGAAAAUUCCCACGAUCGGAGUCGUGUACAAUCCCAUUAUGAAUGAGCUUUUCACGGCUGUUCGUGGAAAAGGUGCUUUCCUCAAUGGCUCUCCUAUCAAAGCAUCAUCACAGAACGAGUUGGUGAAGGCUCUCCUGGUAACAGAGGCUGGAACCAAGAGAGAUAAGUCCACUGUGGAUGAUACAACCAACAGAAUCAACAAGCUACUAUACAAGAUUAGAUCUAUACGGAUGUGUGGCUCCUUGGCAUUAAACAUGUGUGGAGUUGCUUGUGGUAGGCUUGAUUUGUGUUACGAAAUUGGAUUUGGUGGACCCUGGGAUGUUGCUGCUGGAGCUGUGAUUCUUCAGGAAGCUGGGGGCCUUGUUUUUGAUCCAAGUGGUGGAGAAUUUGAUUUGAUGACGCGAAGGAUGGCGGGAUCAAAUGGCUUGCUAAAGGAUCAGUUCAUCAAAGAGUUGGGGGAUUCAAGCUGAAUUGACUAGUACUAAUAUUUAUGAAUUAGAACAAAAAAUAAGAAUGCCUUGCCAUAUCAAUAAUAAUAUAUUGUCAAGGCAAAUUUUCAUGUAAUACUACAUCAGCAACAUUGUUUGUGGUACCAUCUUGGACACGGUACAAUGCACCAUUUUUUUGGGGGUC